UGUGUGUGUGUGUGUGUGUGUGUGUGUGUGUGUGCCGCGCGUGUGUUGUAGCUCUGUCAAUCCUUGGAUUAGAACCAAUGAUUGCAGCUUGUAGGAGGGCUGUCCAGGGCCAGAUUGUACAAUGUGUCUCAGUGCCAGAGUAUGAGUGGAGAUAAUUACUGAGAAGUCACACUCUCACACCCUCGGCUUUCUUGUGGUGUCCUUCAGCAAAACAGUGGAUUUAAACCUCCUUCCCUGAGCUGGAGGGCAACGCAAUCUGUCAGGAGAGAAAGAAAGGAAAAACCGACCCUGACAAAAAAGAAGAAAAAGAAAAAAAAUCAUGAAAACCACCCAGGCAAAAAUGCACAAUUCUAUCUCUUGGGCAAUCUUCGCGGGGCUGGCUGCUCUGUUCCUCUUUCAAGGAGUGCCGGUGCGCAGCGGAGAUGCCACCUUCCCCAAAGCUAUGGACAACGUGACGGUCCGGCAAGGGGAGAGCGCCACCCUCAGGUGCACAAUUGACAACCGAGUCACCCGGGUGGCCUGGCUAAACCGCAGCACAAUUCUCUAUGCUGGGAAUGACAAGUGGUGUCUGGACCCCCGUGUGGUCCUGCUGAGCAACACCCAGACCCAGUACAGCAUCGAGAUCCAGAAUGUGGAUGUGUAUGACGAGGGCCCCUACACCUGCUCUGUGCAGACAGACAACCACCCGAAGACCUCGCGGGUCCACCUCAUCGUACAAGUAUCUCCCAAAAUUGUAGAGAUUUCUUCAGAUAUCUCCAUUAAUGAAGGGAACAAUAUCAGCCUCACCUGCAUAGCAACAGGUAGACCAGAGCCUACGGUUACCUGGAGACACAUCUCCCCCAAAGCGGUUGGCUUUGUGAGUGAGGAUGAAUACUUGGAAAUCCAGGGCAUCACUCGGGAGCAGUCGGGAGACUACGAGUGCAGUGCCUCCAAUGACGUGUCUGCACCUGUGGUUCGGAGAGUGAAGGUCACUGUGAACUAUCCACCAUACAUUUCAGAAGCUAAGGGCACAGGUGUCCCUGUGGGACAAAAAGGGACACUGCAGUGUGAAGCCUCAGCAGUCCCCUCAGCAGAAUUCCAGUGGUACAAGGACGACAAAAGACUGAUUGAAGGAAAGAAGGGGGUCAAAGUGGAAAACAGACCAUUCCUCUCGAAACUCAUCUUCUACAAUGUCUCUGAGCAUGACUACGGGAACUACACUUGUGUGGCCUCCAAUAAGUUGGGCUACACUAAUGCCAGCAUCACACUAUUUGAACUAAAUGAGCCUACAAGCUCAACUUUGUUCCAAGAAGUGAAAACUACAACCCUGCCCCCUUGGAAAGGCCCGGGCGCAGUCAGCGAGGUAAACAAUGGCACGUCGCGGAGGGCUGGCUGCAUCUGGCUGUUACCUCUUCUGGUCUUGCACUUACUCCUAAAAUUUUGAUGUGAGUGUCACUCCCCCCACUGGGGAAAAGCUGCUGCCACUGCAACCACCAACACAACAACACCGACAACACCGACAGCAACAAGCGCAUCCCCGUUUUUAAAUAAGAUGUGAUCCAGUGAAAUUCAGAGAAACAAAGCCUAAAGGGACAUAAAUUUGAGGGAGGGGAACAAAGAAUACUUUGGGAAACAAAGUUAAAAAGGAAAUUGAAAAUUGCCUUGCAGAUGCUUAGGUACCACUGAGUUUCUUUCUUUCCCCACAUGGGAAGAAUACACUCCCAGCUUUGGACCCACCCACAAGCUGCAUUCUGUGACCUCCUUGUUGCCAGGGUGGGUGAGGGCUCUGCCACUCUGCUCUCUCAAGUGCCCCCACCACGGAAAAUUCUGGAGCCUAUCAUCCCAAAUUCAGCCAGUCAGAAGAGAUUAACAGAUCAUAUGUGCAGGCCCAAACGUGCCACAGGAGGCCCUUUCCUGGACUGUGCCGUCAUUGUGUGUGUUAUGAAAUGCAAAAUUUUAAAAACACAAAGAAAAGGAAAUAAAACAAGACAGCCUGACAGCAACAACAAUCCCACAAGCAACAAUUCUAAAAGAUAUUGUUAAACUUUUUUUUUCAUUUUACUACAUGGAUGUCAUGGAUAAUAAGGGAUUCUGAUUCAUUAUUAAUUUUAUUAAUUAUAUUUUCUGAUAUGAGUCUAGAACUUAGUGCAAAAACAAGACAAAACUAAAAAACACAAAAGAAAGGGGUGAAGAGAAGUAUGUGUGUUAAACAUUAAACAUGAAUAGUGUACUUCUUAUCUAGGUUUACAACUGGUGGACCACAACACCGGGCAUUAACCCCCGGGGGAAUUGGGCAUAUCCACCAAAAAAUAUAUAUGAUUUAACCAACAUCUCCACCAGCUCUACAGAUUCCUCCUUACUCUGGCAUUUAAUGCAGACAGUACUAUGCUAUCUACAUACUGUUUAGAAAUGGAAAGAGUGAUCCACACUGUAUCUUGAGUUUGUUGGCUAUGCUUCUUUUGAUGACAUAUAUUAUACAGUAUAUAUAUGCAUAUAUUUUUUUUUGUUAGAAUUCUAGCCAUUUUAUUUCUCAGCAGGGUCCUUUCUCAGACAUUACUGCAUGCUGUAUAUGGCGUUAGCUGUGUGUUGGUCUUCUAAAAGAUGAUAGAGUUUACUGGUAAUUGUGUAAUCAGCUCCUGCCUUUUUAUUUUCUUGGGUUAUUUACAUGUCAGAGACAUUUCUAAAAAGUGGGGGGGAAAAAAGAAAAAAGCUAAUACAAGGCACAGCAUCUCUUUCCAGAUGUGGCUCUUGGAGGCAAAGGCCACCAUAAUUGGCAGCUCCUCCAUCAUGCCUUAGGCAUUAACAAGCACUAAGAAACUGAACAAAUAAGCAAUCAGUAACCACUUGCUUUAGCCCAUUAUGGGAAUCUCUGCUGCCUUUGUGACCACUGGAGAAUUUAAUCCUCUUGAUUUAUUUUAUUUAAUUUUCCAUCUUUGUGUGCGUGUGUAUGGAAGAGAAGACCAUGCAGUUUUUAGGUAACCGUUUCUUCCUCCCCAGAAGUCUGCGAAACAGACAGGCUCCUGGAUGUGAUGAGGGAAAGUGGGAUUGGGGGAGAUGGGAGGGAGGGGUUGUCUCUGACUUGACAUUAAAAAGUGUUCCAUGUCCCUCUUCA